GGAGCGGGCCAGGGUGAAGCAUGGACUCCCUGGAUCACAUGCUGACGGACCCCCUGGAGCUGGGACCCUGCGGGGAUGGGAGCAGGACCCGCAUCAUGGAGGACUGCAUGCUGGGGAGCACCAGAGUCAGCCUGCCCGAGGACCUCCUGGAGGAUCCCGAGAUCUUCUUUGAAGUUGUCAGCUUGUCUACGUGGCAGGAGGUGCUGACAGAUGCUCAGCAAGAGCACCUGAAGAAGUUCCUGCCUCACUUCCCCGAAAACAACCGGGAGCAUCAGAACAAGCUCAUCACCGCCUUGUUCAGCGGCGAAAACUUCCGCUUCGGGAACCCGCUGCACAUCGCCCAGAAGCUUUUCCGUGAUGGACACUUCAACCCCGAAGUGGUGAAGUACCGGCAGCUCUGUUUCAAGUCCCAGUACAAGCGGUACCUGAGCUCUCAGCAGCAGUACUUCUACCGACUGCUCAAGCAGAUCCUUGCUUCCCGCAACUACCUGCUGGAAUUGGCCAGGAAAGGAGGCCCUGAGAUGACCAUGAGGAGAAAGCACUUCUCACCCACCUAUGACUCGGAAGAACGGGACAGGCGGACACAUCGGCGCUACCUGAAGAUACUGAGGGAGGUGAAAGAGGAGUGUGGAGAUACCACUUUGUCUUCUGAUGAAGAAGAUCUAAGCUCCUGGCCUCCAAGUUCUCCAUCACGUUGCCCAAGUCCACCAGUUCCCCUGAGAGUGAUCCCCACGUUGUCAACCUUGGACAUGAAAACAGCAGACAAGAUAGAAAUUGGGGAGAGUGAUGUGAAGAUGAUGCUGAAGAAGCAUCAUGAGAAACGAAAACGUCACCCUGACCACCCUGAUCUGGUUACAACAGACGUGACUCUUGAGGACAUCAUGACUCGAGUGAAUGCUGGCAGGAAAGGUUCCUUAGCAGCUUUAUUUGACCUUGCAACCCUCAAGAAAAAGGUGAAGGAAAAGGAUGAUAAGAAGAAAAAAAAGCUGAAGAUGAUUAAAUCCGAGGUGGAAGAUUUGGCUGACUCUCUUAGCAACGCAGAUGGGAUUCCAUCAAUGUCUCAGGAUCCUUCUCCCAUCCCCUUGUCAUCUGUCAAAGAGGAACCUCUUGAAGAGAUGAAGCCAUGCCUUGGCAUAAAUGAGAUCUCUUCCAACUUCUUUUCCCUUCUUUUGGAGAUACUGUAUCUGGAAGGACCUGCUACCCUUUCUGUUCUUGAAGAUAAAGUUCUAGAUUGGCAAUCUUCUCCUGCCAGCGCACUAAAUAACUGGUUCUCCUUUGCCCCUAACUGGUCUGAACUGGUGUUGCCCGCCUUGCAGUACUUGACAGGUGACAGCAGAGAUGUUCCUUCCAGCUUCUCCCCUUAUGUUGAAUUCAAGGAGAAAACUCAGCAGUGGAAAUUGCUUGGUACGUGCCAAGAUCAUGAGAAGGAGUUGGCAGCACUGUUUCAGCUCUGGUUGGAGACCAAAGACCAGACUUUUUUCAAAGAGAAUGAAGACAGCUCAGAUGCCACCAUGCCAAUUCCCAGAGUAAGGACUGACUAUGUAGUCCGACCUAGCACUGGUGAGGAGAAACGUGUGUUUCAGGAACAGGAGCGUUACCGUUACAGCCAGCCCCACAAAGCUUUCACUUUCCGUAUGCAUGGCUUUGAGUCAGUUGUUGGUCCUGUGAAGGGGGUGUUUGACAAGGAAACCUCCUUAAACAAAGCCCGAGAGCAUUCCCUCCUGCGCUCAGACCGACCAGCAUAUGUCACCAUCUUGUCCCUUGUUCGUGAUGCUGCUGCUCGUCUUCCUAAUGGAGAAGGAACUCGUGCUGAAAUCUGUGAGCUGCUUAAAGAUUCCCAGUUCUUAGCUCCUGAUGUCACAAGUGCUCAAGUUAAUACUGUUGUUAGUGGUGCUCUGGAUCGAUUACACUAUGAGAAAGAUCCCUGUGUGAAGUACGACAUUGGACGCAAGUUGUGGAUCUACCUGCACCGGGACAGGAGUGAGGAAGAGUUUGAACGGAUCCACCAGGCUCAAGCUGCUGCAGCAAAGGCCAAGAAGGCUCUUCAGCAGAAGCCAAAACCUCCAGCUAAAAUGAAGUCUAGCAGCAAGGAGAGUUCAGUGAAGGCAGUCCCCAGCAGCACAUCAGAGCCCAGCCAGCUGAGCCUGAGUGACUCCAGCAUGCCUCCAACUCCUGUGACUCCCGUGACACCAACUGCACCAGCAUUACCAGCAACACCUAUUUCACCCCCUCCAGUGUCUGUGGUUAGCAAGAGCAUAUCUAGUGCUGCACCAGAGCCAGCAAAACCCAGCCAGAGUGUUCUUCUGGUGUCAUCCCCUACCAUGCCACAGCUCGGGACAUUGCUUUCCACAGCCCAGAGUUCACAGCCUGGGCCACAGCCACCUCCUGCCCGGGUGGUCAGUCACACCACGUCCUCAGGACUGCCACAGGUCCGAGUGGUCACUGCCCAGUCCAGCCUCCCAGCCGUGUCUCAGCAAGCCCCAGUGGUAACCCAGCAGCAGCAACCUACAUCAGUGCCUCAAAUUCGUGUUCCAGCUACAGCCACACAAACCAAAGUGCUCCCUCAGGCAGUGAUGACUCUCCCAGUGAAAACUCAAACCAGCCCAAUGCAGGUGCAAAGACCAGGAAGCUCUGUGACAGGACAGACAGGCAUCACUGUGACAGGGCUGUCUGCAGCACCCAGUCCUGCUGUCAAGCCAGUAACCAGCUCUCCAGGCAGUUCUGCUACAAGCACCUCCUCCACCACUGUCAUCCAGAAUGUGGCUGGCCAGAAUAUCAUCAAGCAGGUGGCUAUCACAGGGCAACUUGGCAUGAAGACCCAGCCUGGAAGUGGCAUCCCCCUCACAGCGACCAAUUUUCGGAUCCAGGGGAAGGAUGUGUUGCGCCUUCCCCCCUCCUCCAUCACCACAGAUGCCAAGGGCCAGACUGUGCUGCGGAUCACCCCGGACAUGAUGGCCACGCUGGCCAAAUCUCAGGUCACUACUGUCAAACUGACUCAGGACCUCUUCACAGCAGCUGCAGGAAGCAGCACCAGCGGGAAAGGCAUCUCUGCAACCUUGCACGUGACAUCCAAUCCUGUCCAGGCUGCUGAUUCUCCAGCCAAGACGAGCACGGCCACUUCUGCUUCUUCCAGCCCAGCUGGAAGCACGGUGGUUAAAGUGACUCCUGACUUAAAGACUGCAGAGCCAACAAGCUCUGCCUUCCGACUGAUGCCUGCGCUGGGCAUGACUGUGGCAGAUCAGAAGAGCAAAACCAUCACCACGGUGGCAUCCACUGAGGCCAAGCCAGCUGCUACCAUAAGAAUCGUGCAGGGGCUGGGGGUGAUGCCCCAAAAAGCUGGUCAGACUAUUACUGUAGCUACUCACACUAAGCAAGCACCCUCCUCCUCAGCAGUAAGCGUGCCUGGCACAGUCCAUACCUCAGCUGUCUCCUUACCAACCAUGAGUGCCACAGUGUCCAAAGCAGUUGCUGUGGCCUCGGGAGCUGCUGGGACACCCAUAACUAUAGGCACAGGAGCCACUGCUGUGCGGCAGGUACCCGUCAGCACCACAGUAGUAUCUACAUCCCAGGCAGGGAAGCUACCAGCACGGAUAACAGUGCCUCUGUCAGUGAUCAGCCAGCCAGUGAAAGGCAAGAGCGUGGUGACUGCCCCCAUCAUCAAGGGCAACCUCGGGGCCAACAUCAGUGGAUUAGGAAGAAAUAUCAUCCUGACUACGAUGCCAGCAGGGACAAAACUGAUCGCUGGGAACAAGCCUGUGAGUUUCCUGACUGCACAGCAGCUCCAGCAGCUCCAGCAGCAAGGCCAGGCCACGCAGGUGCGAAUCCAAACAGUUCCAGCCUCCCACCUCCAGCAGGGAACAGUGUCUGGCUCCACUAAAGCAGUUUCCACUGUGGUUGUGACAACAGCUCCAUCUCCAAAACAGACCCAAGACCAGCUAUGAACACUGGUUAGAAAACGGAUCGCUGUCCAGGACACCACUGUCACCCUCCAUCCCAGCACCCAAGACAACUUAACCACAGCCAUGGCUAGGGAUGGGACUGGAUUCUGUCACGUUGCCUGUCUGGAGUCAGCAUCGUGAUGUCUAGGUAGAAAUUCCACAG